UGUCAGUCCGCCGUAGUAACGCAUGCACGCGCCAUGAACACCGGUGCAGGGUUAUAGGUAGUCCCGGGUCCCGGGUGUGUCUCUUCACGGCGACAGUGUGGUGGGGACGAGCCCGGCAGAGGAGCUGGUGCAGCGCCUGUGUCCUGGAAUAAAGAAGGCAUUCCUAUCUUUCCCUCGGUCCGGCCCUCCCUCCCUUUCUCCUCUCGGGGUCUGUAAAUAAGCUGGGGCUGUGUGGACCCUUGAGAGUCCCUCCCCCUCCCGCUCUUCCCCCACCACCCCCUUUCAAACUCCAGUGCCUGCUCAGAUUCUGCUACUCUCAACGCUGCUGAGGGGCACUGGGGAGAUGCUCAGAUGAUCCACAGGGCCGUCCCGAAACGCAUCGUCCACACAGCCUAGAAGACUAACUAGAGCAAGUGGGAGAGAGCCCCUGGAGGGUGCAGUGAGUUCCCCAGUGAAGCCCGCCAACCGAGCCUGGCAGAAAGCUCGGUUUGCCCCUUCGCUACUCCAGCCCCUGAGAUGCCCUCCCCUCCCAAUGAUGGAGAGGAUCAAGGAGCGUCCCCCAUGAAGAGGCCAUCUGUGGGCUCCUACCAGAGCAGCGGCAGGAAGGCACACAUGAAAAAGAAAAAAGGCCGGAUCAACGCCAAUGUUGCUGGCACCAAAUAUGAGAUCGUUCGCAUUGCCAUCAACGAGAUGGACUUCAUCAAGACCCGGGAUGAAGACGAGACGGCCAACCUCAUCUGGAGUGACUCGGCCGUGCAGCACGAGAAAAUCGCUGAGCUCAGGAAUUAUCAGAGAAUUAACCAUUUCCCUGGCAUGGGCGAAAUCUGCCGGAAAGACUGCCUCGCAAGAAACAUGUCCAAAAUGAUCAAGAUCCAGCCUCAAGAAUACAGCUUCAUCCCCAAAACCUGGAUCUUCCCAGCUGAGUACACUCAGUUCCAGAACUACGUCAAAGAGCUGCGCAGGAAACGCAAACAGAAGACCUUUAUCGUCAAACCUGCCAACGGAGCCAUGGGUCACGGGAUCUCGCUUAUCCGUAACUGUGAGAAGUUGCCAGCCCAGGAACACUUUAUCGUUCAGGAGUACCUGGACAAGCCCUUCCUGAUGGAGGGUUACAAGUUUGACCUGCGCAUCUACAUCCUCGUCACGUCCUGUGACCCGCUUCGCAUUUUCCUCUACAACGACGGCCUGGUUCGCAUGGGCACAGAGAAGUACCAUGCACCCAGCGAGGCCAACCUGAGCCAGCUCUACAUGCAUCUGACCAACUACUCCGUCAACAAACACAAUGAGAACUUUGAGCGGGAUGAGACCGUGGACAAAGGAAGCAAGAGGUCCAUUAGCUGGUUCACUGAGUUCCUCCGCGCCAACGGCUAUGAUGUGGCCAAGUUCUGGGGAGACGUCUCUGAGCUGGUGGUUAAAACAUUAAUAGUGUCGGAACCACACGUGCUGCACGCCUACCGCAUGUGUCGCCCCGGCCAGCCACCAGGGAGCGACAGCGUCUGCUUUGAGGUCCUUGGCUUUGACAUCAUCCUGGACCGCAAACUCAAACCCUGGCUACUGGAGAUCAAUCGAGCGCCGAGCUUCGGGACCGAUCAGAAGAUUGAUUACGACGUGAAGAAAGGGGUGCUGCUCAAUGCUCUCAAACUCCUCAACAUUAGGGCCAGUGAUAAGAAGCGUAACCUGGCCCAGCAAAAGGCAGAAGCUCAGAGACGGCUCUACGGACACGGCUCCAUGAAAAAGCUCUCAGCUGCUUCUUCAGACUGGGAGAAACAACGUCACACACUUGAGAGAAGGAGAGAAGAACUGAAAGAGCGACUGGCACAGGUCCGCAAGCAGAUCUCCAGGGAGGAGCAUGAAAAGCAACAUCUGGGGAACUACAGACGUAUUUACCCCCCAGACGACAAGCUGCUGUUGGAGAAGUAUGAAGGCCUGCUCUCGGCCGCCUUUCAGACCUUCCUCGCUGGGCGAGCUGCCUCACUUCAAAAGGAAAUGAAUAAUCCUCUGAAACGAAUGAAGGAGGAGGACAUCUUGGAUCUGCUGGAACAAUGUGAACUGGAUGAUGAGAAGCUGAUGGGCAAAUCCUCCAGGCAGCGAGGACCUAAGCCCUUGACCGCUAUGCCAGAAUGCAGCCAGACACCGAGACGUCAACGACCCGACUACCUGGCUGACUUCACCAGCGGCGGCAGCAGCGAUGAAAACUCCUGCUCCUCCUCGGAUGAAGAGGAGGAGGAGAGGAGGAAAGCAGGAGGAGGAGGAAGAGGUGGAGAGAAGAAGGAGAAGAAAGUUUCCUACGACCUUGGGGAAAGCAAGGAGAAGAACUUGGCUGAGCGUUCAGGUCGCAUGCACUGGAAACCUCCCGUCAAGCCGCUGAAAACCAGCCCCGCCCCCUCCGCUUCGCCGACACUCUCUGGUCCAAUCAGGCGCUCCAUCUCCUGUCCGCGCUCCAUCGCCUCCCUCUCGUCACCCAGUGAAGUGCGAGGGCUGUCUACCAAGCCAUCGCCCACGGUCCCCGUGGCCACGCCCCUUGUCAGGCCGACCUCCGCCACGCUGCGCUCUCAAUCCCUGAGCCGCAGUGGCUCCACCCACCGUGUGCCUCACAGCAACAGCCUGGGAACCAUCCACUCCAACAUAAGCGAUCCGCUAAUAAACCUGAGGAGUAAAGAGCAAGAGGCGGAGCUGGUGCGUCAGACCCUGGCCGCGCUCACCGCCAUGAGGAUCAGGUUUCCUGGCAAAACCGAGGAAGAGGCCGAGGCUGUGCUGGAUGAGAUCCUUGACAACUGGAAAUACCAUAAACCAAAGGUGGCCUCCUAUUGGCUGGUGAAGCUGGACUCGACCAAACAACGGAAGGUGUUGGACAUCGUGCGCACCAAUGUACGCUCGGCACUGCAGCGGAUCUGGAGAGAGCCAGAUGUGGAGAGCCUCCACCUCUAUCGGCUCUUUAACCGAGUCUUCAACCGGCUGCUCUGGAGUCACGGGCAGGGCCUGUGGAACUGCUUCUCCAACACCGGUUCAUCGUGGGAGACCAUCUUCAGUAAGAGCAGUGAGGUGGUGUCACCCCAGGAGCUGCAGUGCUGCCGCCGGCUGGUCCAGCUGUGCCGAGACUGCCUCCUGGUCGUCUUCAAGUUUGUUUCCGAGUCCCGCGGCUCUUUGACCGGACUCAGCCCCGAAUGGGAUGACACCAGGUACGUGCUGCCAGUGACCUCCCAGUUCAUCGUGAAGUGGCCUUCGUCCAGCUUUGGCCGCAUCUCCUCGGCCAUGCCGCGCUCCCGCAGCCUCUUCGCCGCCAGGAUGGGCCACUUCUGA